AUGGCCACCGACAGCAUACAAAGAUAAUUGUAAAUUAUAAAACUUACCUAGCCCGUGACGAUGAGUAUUCAUUGGCGGUAGUCUACUCCACUUGAGCGUUGAAAAGUCUAAUCUCUCAACACUGUCUAGAGUCUUUAAUCCAUCACGACCACCUACGAUAAUCAGCUUAGAUUCGACUACAGCUGCUCCGAAUUGCAAACGACGGCCAUUCAUACUUGCUAAAUUUUUCCAAGUAUUAUCACAAGGAGAAAAUGCGUCUAUUGACGUUGCACCCUUGUGAUCGUCCAUUCCGCCGACUGCUAACAAUUGUCCUACGGUGGCUUUACGGGGUCGUGUACGGCAUGACUGAAGUAGAGGACGACGUUCAGGUAGUGACAGUAAAGGUAAUCGCACUAAUCCUAAAAGUCUACCAGCGUCUUUACGCCGAUUAUCCAAAUCAUAUUGAAGCCAACUUAUCAAUGCUUGGAAUACAAUUUCUUCAUCUGGAAUGUUCAAGUCAUCGGAUUCUAAUAGCUUAGCAACGUCGUCAGCAGACAAUAAGAAAAACUCAUGGUUCUUCAUUACUUCCAUAAAGUGUACGGUUGCAUAAGUGUGAGCGACAUUCAACAAAUGUCCACAACCUUGAGUAUCAGCAAACAUACGUAUGCCCAGACAAUUGCUAGGAUGAAGCUGUUUUAUUAAAAAUUGACAACAAGCCUUCACGACAGCAUCUAUUUGCAAUAAAUUAGCCGUUGCUAAAAGAGUUUCUACACUCUCUUCUCGCAAUUCUAUGAUUCCUAAAAAAAAAUAAUGCAUCGUGUUACUAAU